AUGAAGAUUGAAAUUGAAGGACUGCAGCAGAGGUGGGAUGCGUGCAAGGCCCAUGAUGACGAAAAGCACGCUAUCAUCACGGCUCUUCUUGCUCAUGUCGACGCCCAAUCCAGUCAGUUAUCAAAGAUCAACUCCGAGCUUGAGGAUAAGAAUAUUGUAAUCAAGGCAGUCAAAAAGGACAAGGAAGGCCUUGAAGGACAGGUAGAGACGUUGCAGCAGGAGAGGGACCGCCACGCUUUUGUUUUCGUGAUCAUUGAUGGUGAUUGCAUGUUGUUUCGUGAUGAGCUUGUCCAGGCAGGCUUGGAAGGUGGUAAGAAAGCUAUGAGCUUGUUGAAGCAAAGCGUUGAGAAGAAGUUGAAGACUCUCAGUGGCAGCGUACCACCUCAUCUGCAAAUUAUUAUACGCGUGUACGCCAAUUUGCAAGGUCUGUCUCAGUCUUACCAGAAUUCUGAUCUUCUAUCCAAUGGCCAGACUUUGGAGGAAUUUGUUCGGGGCUUCAACAUGGGUGAUCCUCUCUGUGAUUACGUGGACGCUGGGAACGGAAAGGAAUGUGCUGAUGAGAAAGUCAAAGCUUUGUUUCGACAUCACCUUGAUGAUGUGCACUGUCGCCAUGUAUUUUUCGGUGCAUCCGCCGACAACGGAUAUGCUCGUCUCCUGGGCCCAUAUGCUCAGGAUAACGCUCACAAGCAACGCAUUUGCCUCAUUGAAGGGCCUCCGUUUGGGAGCGAAAUAGCAGAUCUAGUGCCGAAGUUUGAACAUGUUUCUUUUGAUGUCUUCCGAAAGAGUCAGCAACUACCCAACACGAACCGGAGAGUUUCGAGUGCCAGCUCUUCGAACUACGCCAAUGCUGCUCGCAAAACGCCUUCACCAUCCACGCAGGGUGCAGUCUUAUCCUCCCAGGAGCGUGUGCCGACCAAAAUCCUCCGGAAUAGUAAGGGUGAACGACUUGACUCGAAGCUCAACUAUGAUCCGCACACUCUUAACUUGUUGAAAGGCCGGAAACUUUGCAACAAUUACGCACUUUUGGGGAAGUGUCCCUAUGAAACUUCCUUUGGGUCCUGCUACCACGAUCACAAACAAGAUCUCGGUGAGAGUGAGAAAAGAGCGUUAAGAGCUGUUGCUCGCUUGACUCCUUGUUCAGCUGGGUCAGGUUGCAGCAAUGGGCAAUGUCUUCUUGGACAUGUUUGCACAAAGCCGAAGUGUACAGGGCUGGGCUGCCGAUUUCCCGAGGAGUUACACAACAUUAAUCAUGUUGUUGCCUCCGAGCGAAUUAUUAUUUAA